AAUUUUUUUGUUUUCAUGUCCAUUAACUGGUCUAUUAAACAAUUUUUUUCGAUGAAUCAAAUAUUAUUUUUUGAAAAAAAAUGUCAAUUGGACAUCAUCAAAUUUAAAGCAUAAUGACAUCUAAAGAUGAUAAUAAUACUUCUACCACAACAACAACCCCAUCAAUAAAUACCCCAUCAUCAGUAGUAAAUACCACAAUAGCAACACAACAAUUAUUAUUUUUAGAACCAGAAUUAUGUUUCCUUGAAUAUGAUAAUGGUACAUUAUAUCAAACAAAUGUAACAAAUGAUUGUUUACCAGAUCAUGACUUAUAUGAUGUAGAACUAGGACCAAUAUUAUUUUUAUCACUAUUAUAUGGUUCAAUAGCAAUUAUAUCAGUGAUUGGUAAUACAUUAGUCAUAUGGAUUAUAAAAACUUCAAGACAAAUGCAAAAUGUUACAAAUUUUUUUAUUGCAAAUUUAGCAUUUGCUGAUAUAUUAAUCGGUAUGUUUACAACACCGUUUGAGUUUCAAGCAGCACUAUUACAAAAAUGGAAUUUACCACACUUUAUGUGUGCAUUUUGCCCAUUUAUACAAAUUUUAUCUGUGAAUGUAAGUGUAUUUACAUUAGCUGCAAUUGCAAUCGAUCGAUAUCGUGCAAUAUUAUCUCCGUUUAAACAAAAACCUUCAAAACAAUUAGCGAAAUUAAUUAUAUUAAGUAUAUGGAUUGUUUCAUUAAUUUUAGCUACACCGUUCGCUUAUGCAUUACGUGUAACUAUAUCAAAAUAUAAAGAUGGUAAUAACAUAGUGGCAGUACCAUUUUGUAAUAAUGUAAAUUUAAAUGAAGAUGAAAUGAAAUUAUAUCGCAAUAUUUUGGUAGUAUUACAAUAUGUAAUACCAUUUAGUAUAAUAUCAUUUGCUUAUAUACGUAUUGCCAUAUUUUUAUGGGGUUCACAUGUACCAGGCAAUGCACAAGAUAGUCGUGAUGCAACCAUCUUACGUAAUAAGAAAAAGGUAAUAAAAAUGUUAGUGAUUGUCGUCGUUACAUUUGGACUAUGUUGGUUCCCUUUACAGUUUUACAAUGUAAUUGCACAUCUUUGCCCAGAAAUUAAUGAAUAUCAUUAUAUAAAUAUAAUUUGGUUUUGUUGUGAUUGGUUAGCAAUGAGUAAUAGCUGCUACAAUCCGUUUAUUUAUGGUAUUUAUAAUGAAAAAUUUAAAAAAGAAUUUCAACGUCGCAUAAAAUUGCAUAAGGAUUCAUCAAAUCGUAAAUCCUUUAUGACACCAGUUUCAUCAUUUAAAAAUAAAUCAUCUGCACAGCAUACAAUGGUUACAUCAACAGCAACGAAUUCUGUAUUUUAUUAUUCAAUACCACAAGCUGUUAUAAAUAUUGAAUGUACUGAAAAAUUAUAA